AAUCGUCAAGGACCUUGAAAUCGUCAACGCUCUCCCUCAAUCGAAUAGCCUUUUAAGAGAUCGUCUUUCUUCGUCUUUUUUUUUGGUUUUCAUGGAAAGAGAAUUGGAGCUUGUCCUGUUUCUCCACAAAGAAGAAAAUCAACUAGUGCGUGGUCCUAUUGUGAAAAAUGGGAACUGGGACCUUCAAUUGUUAGCCCAAAAAGGGUCCGACUUUCUUUCUUUUUUUGUGAAAGCGCCGUUUCAAAAGAUAGCAGCUUUGGAUUUUUUUCUGAACAAUCAUACAGAUCCUCGUCGGACUAUUUAUCGCUCAAUCGAGGUUCCUUUUCCUUACGAAGGAGAAACCUUAGGGUUAGAGUCGUUUGCGUCAACGCGAGUUCUCAAUCCUGACGAGGGAUUUCUUCUGGAGAACGACUGCCUUUUUUUAAGCGCGCGCGUUCAAUUUCUUUUGCCUAAUUGUCCUUGGAAGUGCUUGGUUGUUGAGCGUGGAGACCCAAUGGCUAAUUUUAAAGGAAGAAAGCUUAUUCGGUCUUUUUAUCAUCCCCAAGGUGGAGAAGGGACGUACCACGUGGAAGUCCACGAAAAUUUCACCAUCCACGUCAAAGGACACGAGUCAUGGAACGACGUGAAUUUUACUACGAAGUUUCCUUCCCAAGCUCCUUCUCGUCUACUUCCACAAACUGCCACAAAAGGGCGUUACAACCCAUGGCAGUUUUUGAAAAUCACAGGCGAAGACCGAGAAGCUUGCGUGACUGGCAAUCGGUUGCUUCGUCAACGGCGAACGACGAGUGCGAGAAAAAGAACUUCUGUAGAGAACGACAGUGAAAGUGAAGAUUCUUCUAUCCCUCCUUCUAUUUUUUCUGUGAGAAAUAGAAGAAACGAUAGGGUUAUCCCCAGUGUUCCUCUUGAAGUGAAGGACGAACCCAAGGUAAUCGAUGACUAUAUCAGCAGUGAGGUAAACAAAACCAGUUCGUUGGUUUCUUGCGUCAUUUGUUUUGAAUCCUACGACGGUAACGCUCAUCGAGCUAAGUGCCUUUCUUGCGGGCAUGUUUUUUGUAGUUUCUGCGUGGAUGAACUGGUGACUUGUCGAAAGAAUUGCCCCCUUUGUAGGAAAAAGAUUAAGACGGAUAAAAUUCUAGCUUUAUUUGUAUGAAAAAAUGAUGAAAUAAAAAAAUGAUCGUGUUUGCUUCGUA